CCGAAAAGGUGUUCUGUUUUCUUCACUCCAAGAAUCCCCAUUAUUUCCCUUCUCAUUUGAACUCUCAACAGCCCCCAUCGCAACCAUGCGUUUCUUCUCGGUCACCGCAGCCAUUGCUCUCUUGCUCACCGGCGCCCUCGCUUUGGACAAGCCAUUGAACAUUGAAGUCACGCACCCGGCAGAGUGCUCGACGAAGACCAAGAAAGGGGACAAGAUUGAGGUGCACUACCGCGGAACGCUGGAGGCCGAUGGCUCCGAGUUCGACGCUUCCUACAACCGCGGCACCCCUCUGUCUUUCGCAGUUGGCACAGGCCAAGUAAUCAAGGGGUGGGAUCAGGGCCUACUAGACAUGUGCGUGGGGGAAAAGAGACGGUUGACAAUCCAGCCGGAUUGGGGAUAUGGCGCGCGAGGCAUGGGCCCGAUUCCCGCCAACAGCGUGCUCAUCUUUGAGACGGAACUGGUCAGCAUCAACGGACAAAAGGGGGACGGGGAGAAGAAAGACUUGUAGGGGAUGGGAGGACGGAUUGAAAGCGUCAGGCACGGGAAGGCUGGACGAUGGUGGUGGCUUUGUAGUGAAUAGAGGCCAUGUCCAAAUGCAACAGGCACCAGUCGUGAGUGCGCCUACGAUUCACUACCCGUGUCUAUUGGAAAGGUCCAUGGAUCGUCCAGGAUGCAUCUCGCGGGCGCCACAUGCACAAUUCGGCCGUUCGGCCACUCCGCGUGUCUGUCACGGCCGUAUGAACUCAACUAAUCAACGGCAAUUCCGUCUGCCUGAAGGUUAAAGCUAAAUGAGGCUGAUGGCGCGAGGACACUAAGCCAAUUAGGGUGUGCUGGAUGCAGAGCGUGCUGACUCGACUCCAACCACGGCGAGAAUCUCCUGAUUCAGCAGUUCUUGC